GCUAAUGAUGCCUUGUCAUAUACUACACUACAAGAUGCUGAACAAACAGCUAAGGCUUUCCAAGAACAAGAAUACAUAUUUGGAGAUUACAUUGAAAGACUCUGGGCUUAUCUCACCAUUGAACAACUCCUGGAAAAACGUAUUGCAGCUACAGGAGAAGAAAAGGAGAAUCUGACGGCCGAAGCCCUGGAUCUCUCACUAAAAUACAAGUUUGUAACGCCACUGACAUCCAUGGUGGUAACAAAGCCAGAAGACCAUGACAAUCAAGAUGGGAUUGCUGAUAAACCCAUUGAAGCUGAAGCUCCACAACACUUCCAUUUAUAUAGUGCACAGCCCACAUGGUAUACUAGUGUUGAUGGGGAUCCACACUUCAUUAUAUCAGUGCCACAAAAACAAGAUGCCAUUUGUUUCAAUAUCAAUGAAAACCCAGGUGCUGUGUUAAAUUUAAUAAAUGACCCAGUUACAGGCAUCAGAGUCAAUGGAGAACUCAUUGGUGAUAAGAAAGCAAAUGGUGAUGCAAAGAUCCAAAACACAUAUUUUGGAAAGCUUGGCCUUGCAAAUAAGCACCUCGAUCUCAAAGUGACAGUGACUCCUGAGAAGAUCACAAUUCAGCACAGCAAUGAAAAAACAGAUUUCACCUGGCUUGACUCAGUUACUUUGCAACAAGAAGGUUUAACUUUGAUAAUAAACAGGAAAAAAGAUCUUGUGCUCUCAAUGGGCAGCGGUGCCUCGUUUGUUAUUGUUUUGCACCAAGUAUGGAAGAAACAUCCUCUCCACCAAGAUUUCCUAGGACUGUAUACAUUGGAAAGUGAGAAACUGUCUGAACAGACCCAUGGAUUAUUAGGGCAGUUUUUCCACCCCAUUGACUUCACCAUACUUGAAAUUCAUCCUGGGUCCGAUCCCAAGAAACCAGAUGCCACAAUGAUUGUUAAAAACAACAAACUGACAGUAACAAGGGGCUGGCAGAAGGAUUACAGGGAAGAUCCUGUGCACGGUGUUGAUGUUCCUUGCUGGUUUGUUCAUAACAACGGAGCUGGCUUGAUAGAUGGUGUUCAUACGGACUAUAUUGUUUCCAGCCUGUUUUAA